GAGAUUAGUUUGAUAUAAGUGCGCCCUUUUUCAAUUUUAAAAAUUUGCCAUUACGGUCUUAACUCUAAACCCUUUUCCUUCUUCAUAUUUGCUCUCGCAAAUACACCACCCAAACCCCUCCAGCCAUGCCCCAAUCACGUGACCGACGCGUACUCCCCGCCGAAGACCUCGCCGCAAUCUUCGCCCGCCGCCGCGCCGCCCUCAUCUUCCACGACCACUCUCCUCCCCCUCCAAGAACACCCGCCGCCGCCUCCCGCGCACGCGCUCUCCACGCGCGGGGCUCCGAGAACACUCCUCCCUCCGGAAGUGUCCGACGCGGAAGGCCGCGCGUUCCCUCACGCUCCCUCCUACCUCCUUGGUACCCCCGCACCCCGCUCCGCGACAUCACCGCCGUCGUUAGGGCCAUUGAGAGAAGGAGAGCUAGGUUAGGGGAAGACCAAGGCCAGCGAACUGAGAACGCUGUUCCCGCCCAGACUCAACUGCUUCCAGAACUUUCUCAACCUGCGUCUGCGUCUGCGUCUGCGUCCGCGUCCGCCUCAGCUUCAGCGUCUAGGGUUUCUGCGUUGAAAUCUCCCAAAUCCGUUGGUGUUAAGCUCCGAACACCUCUCGGGAGCAAAGCGCCCAAGGUUUUUCUCGAUAUCUCUGAUCUUCCCGAAGGGGAAUCGGAAACUCUCACGCCGCAGAAGAAGCUUCUCAACAACAUUGACCAAGUUGAGGAGGCUGUUCGUGAAGAGUUGAAGAAGCUCAAGAGAACUCCCAGUGCCAAGAAAGCAGAAAGGGAAAAGCGCGUUCGCACUUUGAUGUCUAUGAGGUGAAUUGGAUAAUUGAAUAAUUCGAAGAAAAUAAUAAUAAAAAAAAAUAACUUAGAUUGGAUUAUACAGAGCCAGAGGCUGCAGCGCAGGCGAGUUAAAAUUUGUUCUCUGGAGGUUGAUUCAGCUGGGAUAGUGUUUUUCGAUUUGCUUAGUUUGCAUCUGCGACUUGAAGGUGCAAGAUUGAUAUUCUUUAUAGUUGUUCUAAUUUCUUGGUUAGAGCUUCUUGGAGCAGGUUGAUAGAUAGCAUGCCCUAUUAUCUUUUCCAUCAUUCUUUGAUGGUUUUGGUUAGGUUUGGUUGGGGUAGUUGUUGUUAUCCCCGGGCCCUGUACAUAUUUUCGAUGUAUUUUCAGUUGGGGAUGAUACUUGUGUACCAAUUGAUAAUGUGUUCAAGAAGAUUAAUGCUUCAUUUUUGGGUACAAACUUCA